AUGGAUUCUUCUCAGCAAAGAAAAUUCAGUGUUCUUAUGUUUCCAUGGUUAGCUCAUGGGCACAUAUCUCCCUACCUAGAGCUAGCAAAGAAGCUGACCAACAGAAAUUUUCACAUCUAUUUUUGUUCCACACCUGUAAAUCUCAGAUCCAUCAAGCCAAAACUCUCUGAAAAAUACUCUCGUUGCAUUGAACUUGUGCAACUACAUCUUCCAUACGAGGACUUGCCUGAACUCCCACCUCAUUACCACACUACCAAUGGCCUCCCACCCCACCUCAUGUCCACUCUCAAAACCGCCUUCGACAUGGCCAGCCCUAACUUCUCCAACAUCCUCAAAACCCUAAACCCGGAUUUGCUAAUUUAUGAUUUUCUUCAACCAUGGGCACCCUCUCUAGCUUUGUUACAAAACAUUCCAGCCAUCGAGUUCUUCACAACCAGUGCUGCCAUGAUGUCAGUUUGUACCCACCAUGGCGAGAAACCUGGUGUCAAAUUUCCGUUUCCUUCAAUCUAUUACGAGACUAGUAAGAUCAAGAUGUUGUUAGAAUCUUCAUCAAAUGGCAUCAGUGAUGGAGACCGUGCUAAGCAGUGCAGCGAUCGUUCUUGUAAGAUCCUAUUAGUCAAGAGUUCUAGAGAGAUUGAAGCAAAAUAUAUUGAUUAUCUCUCUGAUCUAAUUGGGAAGAAGAUUGUGCCUGUUGGUUCACUUGUUCAAGACCUUAUAGAGCAAGAAGUGGAUUCGGAGGAAACAAAAAUCAUGAAGUGGCUAAACACUAGAGAAAGAUCUUCGGUGGUGUAUGUUUCCUUCGGCAGUGAGUACUUUUUAUCCAAGGAGGAAAUAGAAGAGAUAGCUCAUGGGCUAGAGCUUAGCAAAGUGAGUUUUAUUUGGGUUAUAAGAUUUCCUAAGGAAGAGAAAGGUACUAGGGUUGAAGAGGUAUUACCAGAAGGGUUUUUAGAGAGGGUGGGGGGGAAGGGAAUUAUAGUGGAUGGUUGGUCUCCACAGGCAAAAAUAUUGAAGCAUUCUAGUGCUGGUGGGUUUGUGAGCCACUGUGGAUGGAGCUCAGUGUUGGAGAGCAUCAAGUUUGGCGUUCCAAUUGUAGCCAUGCCUAUGCAUCUUGACCAGCCUAUUAACGCUAGAAUAGUAGAGGACGUUGGAGUUGGUGUGGAGGUUAAGAGAAUGGGAGGAGGCGGCAACGAGAACGGGAGGCUGAAAAGGGAAGAGAUAGCAAAAGUAAUCAGAGAUGUGGUGGUGGAAGAAAAUGGACAGGGUUUGAAAAGAAAGGCAAUGGAAUUGAGAGACAACAUGAAAAAGAGAGAGGAUGAAGAGAUAGAUGGGGUGGUAGAGCAGUUGAUUCAACUUUGUAUGAGAAAGGAAUGA